AUGUAUCUUGGCAAACGUGUGCUUCAUAAUCAAAUCCCAUUUCUUGUCGAGCAACCGAUCAUUGCUUUUGGCACCGACGUGACACAUCCACCAGCAAAUGAUUUCAAUCGAUCCUCGUUCGCUGCUGUAACCGCAUCCAUAAACAGCUGGGCAAAGCACUAUGCAAGUACAGUUCGUGUUCGAGGCAGUCGCUCAAAGAUUACUGAGAAUUUUACGAGUAAGGUUAAGCAGAUUCUCAAAACAUAUGUCUUAGAGGGCCAGUUCAGGACCGUCUUCAAGCUUGAAGUCUGCACACACAAGUUGUUUUGGCCUCUAUGUCACUUGAAGACAUACAGACCCAUAGUAAUAUUUGUCAUGGUCCGAAGACGACAACAUACAAGUGCGGUGCCGAUUGACUGGGCAAUUGUAAGGCUGGAACAGACGUUAACACAAACAUUGUCCAUCCGCAUGAGAUUAACAUUUUCCCAUCUUCGUCAAUAA